UUCAACAGCAGCAACAAUUAGUCAGACACCUCGGUAGCUUGCUAGACAACAGAGACGAACCAAUAAAGCUCUUUAGACGCUUUCGUGUAUAUUAGCCACUGUGUUUUAAACCCACUUCUGUCGUAUAGUUAGUUAUCUGAUUUAAUUUCAUAUUUACGGUGUUGUUAUUAGUCAGCUUGCGGGCUGGUUAAGUUAGCAUUAGCCCAGCUAGCUAUGAGUUCACUAAGCUGCUCUCCUCCUGAUAAAGAAGAGGAGGUCUGCUGGACGGAGAAAGAUGCUCUCGUGAAAGAGGAGGGGGAAGAGGAGGCUGUUACAAUACCAAAACAAGUAGAGGGUGAAACUGUUACCAUGAAAGAAGAAGAGAAAGAUGUUUCAGUGAAAGAAGAGGAAGACGCGUUCAGGGUGAAAGAGGAGGAGGAUGUUACAGUAAAAGAAGAGGAGGAAGAGAAAGAGGAGGCUGCAGUUUUUGGAGUGAAGGAAGGAGAGAUAACUGUCACACUGAAAAAGGAGGAAGAAGAGGAGGUAACUGGAUAUCUGGGCCCGGUUUCCCAAACGCAUCUUAAGGUGUCCGAUGGUUCUAAUGAUGAACUUUGCCGCAAAAUGGUUUUGAGAAACCGUUCCUCGAUUUACACUAGAGAGAUACGGGGCGAUCGUGGAUCCUCUGGGGAGCCUCAACAACAUCAUGAAGCUGACGAGGCAGAGGAGAGUCUCUCCAGAUCAGAACACCUCAAGAAACACCAGCGGAAACACACAGGGAAGAAACUUCACCGCUGCUCUGACUGUGGGAAGACCUUUUCAAGAUUAUAUACAUUACAAUCACACCAGAGAACACACACAGGAGAGAAAUCUUAUAGCUGUGAUCAAUGUAAAAAUAGUUUUGUUACUUCGAGCUCUCUGACUAUACACCAGAGAACACACACAGGAGAGAAACCUUAUUGCUGUAAUCAAUGUGGGAAAAGUUUUGUUUCAUCUAGCGUCUGACAAUACACCAGAGAACACACACAGGAGAGAAACCUUAUAGCUGUGAUCAAUGUAAAAAUAGUUUUGUUACUUCGAGCUCUCUGACUAUACACCAGAGAACACACACAGGAAAGAAACCUUAUUGCUGUAAUCAAUGUGGGAAA